AGACUCAGAGCGGGGACAAAGAUGGCAUCCCAGCAGCUCUAUCUGAGGUUAACAGGGCUGGCUGUGGUGGUGACGCUUUUGGCCCUGAGAGAUGUAACCGGUGAGAGCAGCUUGUUCAAGGUCUUGAGGAAAAGAGACGUGGCAGGAGCUGGUACUACCCUGUCAAAGGCCUCGGUUGCCGUCCCUCCCUCCAAGGCUCAGGAGUUCCUGGCCAAGCUGAGCAGAAGCAAGAGGAACAUCUGGGAUCGCAGCAGACCCGACGUGCAGCAGUGGAUCAUGCAGUUUAUGUACAUGGGUUAUGAUGAGCAGAGGCUGGAGGCUGACCUGUCGUACUGGAUGGACCAGGCACGCUCCAGAGAUCAAGGGCGUCAGCAUCAAUACGAUGAAAACGCCCCCAUUGGCCCCCGUGACCAGAGCUCUUACAGACACGGAGCCAAUGUCAACUACGACUACUAUUAA